UCUUCAACUAAACUAAAAAGAUGAUGAUAAUAAUAAUAAGAAAGGGGAAAAAAACUUGUAGUUUAUUUUGUAACAUUCACAAGCACACGCUCUCUUAUUUAUUUCAAGAAGCUCUUCCACGUUUCAACCAUAAUAAGAACCGUUACUCUAUCUCUUCUUUCUUUGCUGCGUUCUUCUCCAAAAGUAGUGUUUGCUUUUGAUUUCGACUUUGUUCUUCCUUCACACUCUAUUUCAGAGAAUGGGGCUAUCUAAAGUUUCAAUUUUUCCACUUCUGGUUUUCUGGGUUUGUGUUCAGUUGGAUUUAGCAGAAGCUCUGUCAGACUACGACCACAACCAUGUCAGGAAUUACAUUAGCUGGAAGGAUCUGUGGGUAGAUGAACAGAGGCUGACCUCGGACCCCAUUGACGAUGCUCGAGUUAUUUUCGUUGACCAGCAUGGCAGGGGACAUUCUAGGACUGUCCAAGAAGCUGUAGAUAUGGUUCCUGACAACAAUUCAGAAAGAAUCAAAAUUUACAUAUACCCUGGAAUUUACAGAGAGAAAGUGUUUGUGCCAAGAACGAAGGGGUAUGUAUCAAUGAUUGGAGGAAGAAAUGGAACAGCGAGUGCAGUGAUUACGUGGAACAGUAAAUCAUCGGACAGAGGUUUUGAUGGACAAGAACUGGGGACCUAUGCUUCUGCAACUGUGACUGUAGAAUCCGAUUAUUUCUGUGCAACCAGGCUCACUUUUGAGAACUCGGUAAUGGCGGUGAAUGGAGGAGAUGGAAUGCAAGGAGUGGCACUGAGGGUGGACAGUGAAAGGGCAAUGUUUUAUAGGGUGUGGAUCAAAGGGGAACAAGACACUUUGUUGGACAACACAGGCACACAUUAUUUCUAUCAGUGUCAUAUCCAAGGCAAAAUUGAUUUCAUAUUUGGCAAUGCAAAAUCACUCUACCAGAACUGUGAUCUUCAUUCAAUAGCAGAGACAUAUGGAGCAAUAGCGGCACAUCACAGGAAUGCUGACAGUGAAGACACAGGCUUCUCCUUUGUAAACUGCUCCAUCACAGGCACUGGAAGUGUCUUUCUUGGCAGAGCCUGGGGUGACUAUUCCAGAAUCAUCUAUUCUCUAUGCUAUAUGGAUGAUAUCAUCACCCCAGAAGGCUGGACUGAUUGGAACCACCCAUCCAGAAAGAUGACUGCUGUGUUUGGGGAGUAUCAGUGAGGGGUUGGAGCAGAUAGAAUGGGAAGGGUAGAAUGGUCAAAAUCUUUGAGCUAUGAUGAAGCAAGGCCAUUUCUGGAUGAGAGUUUCAUAAAUGGGAAUCAGUGGCUUAAGCUAUAG